UUCUGCUGAAUCACCAUUUUGCUACGUUCCACAAUCUCAGUGGCAUGCAAAGAUUUAUUCUCACGCUCAUGAGUCCUCAAGUUGGCUACCGAGUGGCUGAAGUGGGUUUGAUCAGGGUCCUCUGCUUCAGGCUGCCAGUCUGCUGGCUGGGCUCAGGUCUGCUCCUUAUGUGGGUCAUUCUGGGGUCCAGGCUAAAGGGACAGUUCUGGGCCACAUUCUGACGAUGAAGAAACUGAGACCCAAAGAGAGACAGUAACUUGUCCAGGGCUGCCGCGAACAUGCAGACGCCCGCCGUGCUCUCUCUGCUGCUUGUGUGCACGGGCCUCAUGGAAGCACUACCGCAGGCCUCACUGCUCCGCCUCCGCCAGGCCCAGGGCCACCCCGUCACUCGACGAGACCUCUUCUCUCAAGAACUGCCCCUGGACAUGGCCCCGGCCUCCUUCGAUGACCAGUAUGCCGGCUGUGCAGCCGCCAUGAUGGCCGCUCUCCCAGACCUCAACGAAACCGAGUUCCAGGCCAACAAGGUGUACGCUGAUGGCUGGGCGCUGGCGAGCAGCCGGUGGCAGGACCGCCAGGCCUGGGGACCAGAGUGGGGCCCCAGGCCUACCCGGCUGCCCCCGCCGCCCCCUGGCUUCCGCGAUGAGCACGGCGUGGCCCUCCUGGCCUACACCGCCAACAGCCCCCUGCACAAGCAGUUCAACGCCGCCGUGCGCGAGGCGGGCCGCUCCAGAGCCCACUACCUCCACCACUUCUCCUUCAAGACACUCCAUUUCCUGCUGACCGAGGCCCUACAGCUGCUGGGCAGGGGCCAGAAUUCUCCCCAGUGCCGCCAGGUGUUCCGAGGGGUGCACGGCCUGCGCUUCCGGCCGGCGGGGCCCGGGGCCACUAUCAGGCUGGGGGGGUUUGCCUCCGCGUCCCUGCAGAAUGUUGCAGCCCAGCAGUUUGGGGAGGACACCUUCUUUGGCAUCUGGACUUGCCUUGGGGCACCUAUCAAGGGCUACUCCUUCUUCCCUGGGGAGGAGGAGGUGCUGAUCCCCCCCUUCGAGACCUUCCAGGUGAUCAAUGCCAGCAGACCCGCCCAGGGCCCUGCCCGCAUCUACCUUCGGGCCCUGGGCAAGCGUAGCACGUACAACUGCGAGUACAUUAAAGACAAGCAGUGCAAGUCUAGGCCUUGCCGCCUGGGUAACUCAGCCAUCGGUCAAGGACCCCCUUCUGCAGUCUGGUCCCUCCUACUGCCGCUCUGGUUCCUUGUCGGGGGAACUUUUCUAUAGAGUCCAGGCCUGCCAUGAUCCAUCCAACGCUGAACAGCCCCACCUGCCCAAUGUGCUGCCUCGACCUGACAUGGGGAUAUCGGCCUCGCGUGUGUUUUAAGAGCAGCCAGGAUCCAUGGUGACUCCCUCUGCAGGAAACUCUGGGACUUUCUCUGGCAGCUGCCAGGUUUGCUGAUGGAGAAUUAAGGGAAUCUGGGGACUGAGCCUUCCCCAAGGCUUUAAGAGUGAGUCACUGAAUGGGGGUGGGGGUCUCUACAGCAGGCAACCACUCAUUUGGAGAUUGGAGAUUGGAGAUUGAAGAUUAAACUAGUUUGGGAAAGAUUGGGGAGGAAAGCACUUGGCCACGGUAUUUGCUGAUGUUGCUCAAAUGGCUCACAUGUGCACCUGGAAAGCUCCUUUUCACUCUUCCAGGAAGCCUUCUCGGACCUCUCCCAGCUGGCUGGGUUAGGGGCCCUGCCUCUUUGCUCCCACAGGUCCCUGGCUGCUUCCCUACACCACGUGUCAAUGUUUGUCUUCCAUGUCAGACUGUGAGCUUCCUGAGGGCAGGGACUGGGUCUAAAGCACAGAUGUAGUGCCAGACAGUGUGGGAAGUCAGAAAGGAACAAACACCUUGUGAAUGGCUCAUCUCUGCAUUGCCCCACCUUGGCCACUUUCAAGCUCUCUGAAUGUCAGUGUGUGGGAAUGAUGUGGACUGACUCCAGCUCCAGAGGGCAGAGAGCAGGGACAGCAUUAGGUCCUCUGCCAGGGUCUCAACUGAAUGCUCAGUUGAAUUCUUGUCAGCAAAGACAUAAUUUCUGCCCUGAUUUAUGCAUCCUAAGGCUCCUGUCUCUAGAGAGACAAACCUGGAUCCCCAACUUCCACUACCAUAGGCCCCAAGGGACAUUAAAGAGGUGCUAGGCACACACUUUCUUUAUUAUGACUUGGGGCUUUGGGGCCAAAUCCUCAUGUGGCCUCCUGUUCUGGAAAUGAGAGAAUGAAUCCUUAAUCCCCCUCCCUGAGUCCCUAGGCAGGGACAGGCACGAUCAAGUCCCAAACACAACAGCCACCGAGGAAGGAAGAGAAGACAAGGAAACACGGUCGUUCUGUUUCUCCGGUAGCUUGCACUCUUGCCACCAAAAUCUCUAACAAGCAGCAUCAAAAUUCAAUUCAGUCCUUCCAGACUGCGUUCCGACCUUGGCCCUUCUCAGAAUUCCUCUUCUGUAGGAAUUAGGGGAGUGGCAAGCUCUGGAUUUCCCUUAAAGUUUAAGGCAUAUAGACAAGUGAUCCCUGUGGUUUGUGAAGUCAGCAGUGCUGAUCCUGGAGAGAGGGCGUCCCCGGCUCUCAGGCACAGUGGGGAGAGACUGGGUGGCCUAUCCGAGAGCCAACCACCACCUGGCCUUUCCAUCCCAGUCUGGAGGGGCUGUGGCUGCAC